GUUUGUGUGUUGUUGACAGUCUCAGCGUGACACAAUGGAGGUCCAGAGUGUAACAGUGGAAGAAGAGAGUCGCUUGAUCCAGCUGAGGUUCGAUGCCGCCGUCAAAGUGAUCAAGAGUUUACCCCCAGAUGGUCCCUUUCAGCCCUCCAAUGACAUGAUGCUUAAGUUCUACAGUUACUACAAACAAGCCACUGUGGGAGCGUGCAAUAUACCGCGGCCUGGCUUCUGGGAUGCAGUCGGCAAAGCGAAAUGGGAUGCGUGGAGUUCUCUUGGAGAUAUGUCAAAAGACGAAGCAAUGACGGCCUACGUUGAUGAAAUGAAGCUGAUCCUGGAGGGGAUGCCCAUGACGGUGGAGGUGGAGGAGCUCCUGCGCGUGCUCGGCCCGUUCUAUGAGCUGAUUGACGAGAAGAAGAAGAUCUCUCAGAUAUCCGACCUGAGCACAGGGUUCGGUACCAUGCUGAAUUCGAUGCCAUCAAAGAGCGUCACAAAAAGCAUCAUCAGGACCAUGGAAAUGAACGGCACCCUGGAGACUCGCCCCGCAAGACUCAAAUCAAAGGAAGUGAGGGAGAGGUCGGAGGAUGAGGCUCAAGAGGAGGAAGGUGAAGAAGAAGAAGAGGAAGAAGAGGACGAAGAAGAAGAGGAAGAGGAAGUUGCAAUAAGGGAGGUCAGAAAAGACAAGAAAUCAGCAGCGCCGCAGCCAAAGAAGAAAGGUGCAGCAAGGAGACACAAAGCACCCCUGUCCAACGGUAAAGUGGCCAACGGGGGCACCCAUCUAACAAACGGGAGUCAUUCCAGGACCGCUCCGAGCACUGACGAGUCCCAGGAGGGUGAACCUGUACUCAACGGUCACCACGCGGAUCCGGGUUUAGAUGUGUCCGGCCCCGGUCACCUUGCCAGUGACUCAGACAGCGAGGUCUACUGUGACUCUGUGGACCAGUUCGGCCAGGAGGAGAACUCGGAGCAUAACCGCUCUCUGGACGAGCUGGAUGAAGAGGAGAGCCACAUCCUGACACCGCUAGACGAGCCGGAGGCGACGAGGGAGCUCCAGGAGGAGACUCACGAGCCGCCUCGGGUCGUCAGGUGUGGAGGAGAAGACGGAGACAACAGCGGAACAAUAUCACAGAGACAGAUGCUGAAUGCGGGCAUGCCCGACAGCUCUUUGGUCAGAAGAGGAAGGGGCUCCAGGUCUCCAGGUCUGGGCUCUGGCUCUCUGGUGCCCAUGUACAGCAGCGGAGACGGGGAUGGGAGCCGAAGAGGCGGAGCGGUGACACCCGGAGGGAGCCUGAACGAGCAGAUAGUGGUGGCGCUGGCUCGGCUGCAGGAGGACAUGCAGAGCGUCCUGGAGAGGCUUCACACCCUGGAGGCUCUGACUGCCAGCCAGGCGAGAUCGAUGUCCCUGUCUCCAACGUAUGCCCCUCCCCCAGUGAACAAGAAGAGACAGAAACCAUCCUGGUGGCCUUUUGACAUUUCUCCGACCAGUUUGGCCUUUGCUGUCAUAUGGCCUUUCGUUGUUCAGUGGCUUAUUCGCCUGUACCUGCAGAGGAGGAGAAGGAGAAUCAACUGAACCUCCGUAUUGGCAUAGAUGACGAAGAUGAGUCAUCGUAAUGUCUUUGGUUUGGGCUUCUUAUGGCUGAAACUCCCACCCCCUCCCCUCCCCUCCCUCCCCGCUUCAAACCACAGCCCAGUAAUUUGCUUUGCACUAUGAAGAAGGCGUCUAAAGUAAUCAACGAGCGGGAGGAUAUCUCUGGAGUGUGUCGUACUGUGGACGUGGAAUCAAAUAGAAACAUGAAUGUACGGGCUUGCAGCCUUUGGUUAUACAACCUUUCUUUUAAGAUGGUACCACUGUUAGAGGGAAAGGUUUUUUCGCUGUAAGAAAUGCUUUGGUGAUGCGAGGGGGAAAAAAACGUACAGAUGGGAAGUUGUCAGCGUGUUUUGGAAAACCAAGAAACGGUAGCUUCUCAAACGAUUCCCAUAACUAAGGCUUUGUUGCACAAAGAAGGGCCCGAAACGUUUAAUUUUUUUUUUGAGCGUAGCGCUUGAUGUGGUUUGACGUUUUCACAAUUCACUGUCAUUGGUUGCCCAGGUGAUGCUGCUAAAAAAAAAAAAAAAAUGAAAUGUUGUAAUAACUGUAGUUUGGAUUGAAUGUAAUAUAUUGAUAAGUUGCGAUUCUUUUAAAUUCUGAGAAUAAGUUAAUAUUUAUUGCUUUUAGGCAACAGUUUUGAUGAAGGCAUAGCUGGCCAGAUUUCCGCUGUAUAAAUGAGGUUUAUGUUUAAAGCGAGCGCUAAAUGUUGUGAAUUAAAGCUAGAGCAGGUUUCUCGUCACGUCCGUCAUAUCUGUGUGCGCUUUACUUGAACGUGGUCCGAGUCUCCACUUCGUCGUUAUCCGAAUAGAAAAAGUGCCUCGACAUCACAAGGUACAUCAUCCAUACUGUAGGUGGCAUUAUGAGGUUUUUUUUACAUUCACAUACUGUAGCAGAACUGUUCCAGUGCCGGACCAAAUUAACAUCCAUUGUACCAUUUAGUGAACCAUGAGGUGGUGAGAGUCUCUGACGACCUGAUUUUCCGCUCAGCUGUGUGAUCAUUAACGCUCUUGUCAUCGUCUGUGUUGUUUACGCUGUUUUUCUAUAUUGUAUAAUUUUGACGUGUGAUGUAAUGAUAUGUUUGUAAGAAUAUUGUUGAAAUAUUUUUGUGAGUGAGCGAUAGUAAUCAUGAGACGUUAACACGCAAAGCAGUGCGAUCUACAUGAAUUGUAACUAGAUGUACAGUUCAGAUUAUAAUGCAGUAUUUUAAUUGCAUUCCCAUUAAUGAAUAUAGAAUAUUAUAUCAUAUUUACAAAAGGUCUGCUUCUGCAAUAGCACUAAUUUGCCAGAGCCAUUUUGUUUUAUUUAAAAAAAAAAUAAAAAAAAGUAUAACUUUCUACUGAAACAUACUAAGGCUUUGUCUCCCCCUCUGCCUGUGGUAGAGAGGAGUUCGCAUGUGAUAAUCCAAGCCUCAAAUAAAGUUUUCAUAAAGCA